AUGCAGUCGGAAAAGGGAGUUUUAGUGGCGAUCCCACUGAGUCAGAUCGACUCUCAGAGUGCAUUAGCGAGCUGGUUACUGGGAUGGUUCGCAGGAGCUACCGACGAGGAGAAGGAGGCGAUGAUACACUCGGUCUACGGACUGUGGUUGGCUCGGAACGAGGCAAGAGACGGCAAGAAGAUAGCAUCCCCGCAUGAAAUCACGGAGUCCGUGUGGGAGCAUAUGAGUGAAUGGCGAUCAUUACAUGCUCCCAAGGUGCGUGUUCCAGUACCCAAGAUAGCUGAGAAAUGGAAGCCUCCUGACGAGGGAUGGCUAAAGAUCAAUUCUGAUGGUGCCACAUCGAAACAUGGCAAUAGUGCUGGUGGUGGUGCAGUCAUCAGAGACCAUGAGGGCACUUUUAGGGGAGGAUUCUGUCAAUAUUUUCCACAUGUAGCCGACCCAGAAGCAGCGGAAAUCCUUGCGUGCAGGCGUGCGAUUAAGGUAGCACUUGAUAGGAAUGUACAGAAGGUUUACUUGGAGCUGGAUAGCCAAGCGGUCGUGCAGAUGAUCAAACAAAAGGAAAGGAAUUUGUCUCCAGUAGGGCCAUGGGUACAGGAGAUCAAGGCGAUGCCGAAUUCAGUGGAGGAGUUCAGCGUUUCGUGGGUUCAGAGGUAUGCCAAUGUUGCCGCGCACAAGCUUGCGAGAAUAGGUGUAGGUGAGUGA